CCACUUUUCGUCUUUGUUCUCAAUGCGUUGUGGAACGUGAACUAUUUGUUCUUGUUACACAGCUGUACAACCAAACCCUCGCAAACAUAUAAUAAAGAGCAAUAGCGACAUGCCAAUUAUGGACUAUCUUACCGCCAACACUGCCUCAAGAACUCCGACAGCAUCCAGUUCGUCCAUCGACUCUCUGUCAGGUUCAUCGGACACAAAGGCUUACAAGCAAUCUCGAUCGAAGAGCUUUGGAGGUGUGUUCAAGAGACAUAGGCUAUCAUGGGGCGGUCCUUCCAUUGAGAAGUUCAGAUUGGGAGAGAGGGAUUCAAGCAACGAGGACUGCAGUGGCGGCAUUGGGGGCAAACCCUACAAUGAACAACAACCGCUAGAUAAUUUAAACGGUCAGAGUUACGUCAACCACAUACGCAGAUCGAGCGAUAGUAGCCAGUUGAUUCGUGACCUUAGGAAGGGUAAUGAGUCAGAAGAUUUCAAAGCAAUUGACACAUACAGAUUACCUGGUAUUGGUUUCGUGGGCACAAACGCAUCGAAGGACGCGAUAGAGCGGCCCCCAUGGCGGUCCAUCCGUUGCGAAGAAUCAUCCGGGAGUCUACUCAGUCCUGGGUGGUCCCCUGCCUUGUCCGAUAGACUAUAUGAAGACCUGGCUCCAGCUCCACAAAACCCUUCACAUCGAUAUCUUACCCCUCAGGAUUCAUAUUCUCUCCUUCUUACCUAUCAAUCAAGCGCCGUUACAUCACAUUCCUCCUUCGACGUGUCCACUUCAUCCCGAUGCCCCAUAGAUCAGAAGAUGUCAUCUUCUUCAGCUGAUCAAGAGCUAAGUCCAGAAUGGCACCAAAUUGUCGAUAAAUCUCUCUGUGAUUCUUUGGACAAGAUGGAGCAAAGAAGGCAAGGACUGUGGUGGGAGAUCAUCAAGGGCGAGCGAGAAUAUGUGCGCGACAUGGGUAUCAUGCAUCAUGUAUUUAUCCAGGAGCUGAGAGAUUGCAGACCGCCUGUAAUUGAGUCCACUAAGCUAGAACCUUUCAUUGCAGAAGUCUUCAGUACAGCUGUAAUUCUGUCCCAUGCUCAUGAGACAAUUUUAAGAAACCUGAUGGAAAGACAAAGGAUUGAAUGGCCUCUUUUGACUACAGCGACGGACAUAUAUCUGCAGAUUAUGUUGGAGAUCGUCGAUCCAUACGAGGCAUAUAUGAAGAAUUAUCCAUUUGCAGAAGCCCGAGUGCGUCGAGAGUCUGUGAAAAAUCAGGAAUUUCACAAAUUUCUUGAAUUGCGGAACACUGCAUCUCUGACAAACCGUCGUGACAUCUUCACCUUUUUGUCUCGUCCAGUGACCCGGCUCCCUAGGAUUAUUCUUUUACUCGGUGAAUUGCUGAAAGUAACUCCUAAAGAACAUGCAGACAAGGAAGAUAUACCGGUCCUAAAGGAAAUGCUCGAACGGGUGGUUAAAGAUACAGAACAUGGUAUUGAGGCCGCCGCUGUUAAAAUAAAACUGUGGAAUAUAGCAGAAAGAUUGCUGUUCAAGAAGGGAGAAAUCACGGAUUUAGAUAUCUCCAACCCCAAAAGGACUUUUGUGCACUCAAGUUAUCUGUUCCGACGAAUCCGAAGCGAAUCCAAUUGGCACGGAUGGCAGGAUAUAUAUGCCAUUCUUUUGGAUAACUAUUUGCUUCUGACAAGGGAGGAAGAGGGUGGGAAGUAUGUUGUGAUAUCGCGCCCUAUUCACCUGGACUUUCUGAAUAUAAUAUCCACCGACGGAGCACCUGAGAAACGCUAUGAUCAUAGCGCUCAUGGUAAUCAUAAGAAAAACAAUACAGUGGCAAUGGAUACCAUGCUGCCAGCUGAGGCAUUGAUGUAUCCUUUCACCGUCUCUAUUGGGGGACCGGAAGGGAAAGCCUACACCUUAUGCACUACAGAUCAAGCUCACCGUUCAGAAUGGAUCGAUAAAAUCCAGAAUACCCAGAUGUUGCGAAAAUAUGACUUAGAAAGCAAUCGGAUCUUCGUCACGCAUACCAUAUCUAUGCCUUCAAAAAUGCGUAGCCCGGUGAUUUGUAGCGAAACAUUCAUCGUUCACGGCCGAGAUACCGUGGCCUUCGCCACAGAGACAUCGGUAUGGUUGGGGUGGUUGAGAGAUACGCAUUCAUUCCGCGAGUUGGUGCAAUUGCAAAAUGGGCAGAUAUCCUCCAUAGCUCUGGUCCCAGAAUUUUCGUGGCUGCUUGUUUUAAGUUCGGGUACCCUUCUAGCAUUCAACCUCAAGAGGAUGAUGCCUACCUCCGAUCCUUCAACAUGGAUGAGCAUGGGGAGAGCCCAAGGGCAGUUGCUUAAUCAAUCUGGGCAUUCGGUUGCUUGGGUAUAUACGGGCAAAACUAAGGGCCGGACACUGAUAACAUAUGUCGUCUAUGGUCGAAACACGCAUGGCUGCACUCUCAAUUUUCUCGAACCACUGUUCGAUAACAGCUAUCCAUCCGCUUCUUCUCUCCUUUCUGACCCUGUUUUCCGCAGCUUCGCCUCGCUCCACCUUCCUGGACAUGCCUCUUCAAUCACUUUCUUCCGGCAGACUGUGGCGAUUACCACAGAAAAGACGAUCGUUAUAGCAGAACCUGGCAAUCCGGUGUACAAUUGUGUACCCACUGCCGGUAGUACUGCCUUUUUAGCUGAAGACGCCGUGGUUGCUAAACUUUUGAACGGUCAGGGAAGGACAAGGGCCGAAGGGAGGCCUUUGGGUAUGUGGCAAACAGGAGGCGACGAAUUUAUUUUGGUAUACGAUUGGGGAGCAUGCUUUGUGACCAAAUUUGGAGAAAUAUGCCGAUCAGGAGCUUUUUUAAUCUGGGAUCUGUUCCCCGUCUACGCGAUCUUCCGUUCUCCUCAUCUUCUACUGUUUGAUGAUUCUAGUCGCGCAGAGGUCCGCAAUGUGACCUCGGGGAAGAUGUGUGAAGUUAUCGAAGAGAAAGGCCUCCGUAUGAUGCCCCGUACCAGAGAAGAGCAGGGGAUGCUGGGUUGGAGUGAAAAAGGGUUGAUCCAGCUUGUAGAGACGGUUGAAUUGUAAUGUCGUCGUAGAAUGAAGCUUCUUUGGGUUAUUAUGAAGUUUGAUCAUCAUCAAUAAUAUCCACCACUAUAAUAAUAUUCAAUAUGUCUGCUCAUUCUGCAUAGGCUUCUGUUAUAUGAGGCUGGCGUGUAUUCUACGGAUGUGCAAAAGAGAUAAAGCCUGAGACAUCUAUGACUUAUGCCUUGUAGAAAAAAGCAGUUGCGUGAGGAACAAUUGAAGAGGCUGUUUUGUUGUGUUGAAGUUACAAAUCCACUGGUGUCCUGAUCCAUGUGCGUUCCGUAAAUAGCG